AUGACUGGUCACUUCUUUGAAGGAGCUGAAAAACUAUUGGAGAUUUGGUUUCUUUCAAGUAAUAAUAAUUCGGGUACCGAUAAAGGAAACAAUGAUUUACGUAAUAUUCCUCGGGAUCUCAUUGAAGAAGUAUUAAAUUUGGUUAAUUGUAAAGUUCUAAAGUACGCACAAUCGGCUACAACCGACACAUAUGUAUUAAGUGAAUCAAGCAUGUUUAUAUUUCAAUCACAUUUUGUUUUAAAAACAUGUGGCGAAACAACAUUACUUCAUGCUGUUCAGCCAAUGCUCGCGCUUGCACGAGACUAUUGUGAAUUCGACAAGGUUGAUCAAGUUUUCUAUAGUCGCCGUAAAUUUCUUCGACCAGAAUUGCAAAAAGCGCCACAUUCGAGUUUCGAUCAUGAAGUAGCGUAUCUUGAUUCGAUCUUCGAAGGUGGUUGCGCCUACGUUCUCGGUCGUACAAAUGAUGAUUGUUGGUAUUUGUAUACACUUGAUAAGACUUGUGCUGGAACAAAAUCAGAUCAAACAUUAGAAAUCAUCAUGACCGAAUUGGAUCCGGAAAAGAUGAAAAUUUUCUAUCAAGAAAAUACAAGUUCAGCUGCUGAAGCUACACAAAAAGCUGGCAUUGAUAAAAUAUUUCCAAAUGCAAAAAUUUUCGAUUAUCUAUUUGAUCCUUGUGGUUAUUCAAUGAAUGGUUUAUUACCCGAUGGUCAUUAUUUUACAAUUCACAUAACACCAGAACCGGAUUUUUCAUAUGUUAGCUUUGAAACAAAUGUUUCAUACAAUCAAUAUCAAGACAUUGUUCGUAAGAUUUUAAAAAUGUUUAAUCCAGGCAAAUUUACAACAACAAUUUUUGGAGGCUCGGCAGCAACAAGUCUUGAUAGUCAACGUAAAAUAUUUCAAUAUUCUGAUUAUGGACGCGUUGAUCAUCAAAUUGUUUGCUUGGUUGAUUACGAUCUAAUUUACAGCUAUUAUAAAAAGUAUCCAAGCUGA